CUCUGCCUGGCUGCCGGACUUCGUUAGUUAACCCUGGAAGCGUGGAAACAAGCAGCGCGGCCGCGUCCCGCUCAGCGAGCCGUGAAGCGGGUGCAUCACGCUCAAUGACGGAUACCCUGACCUCGAAAAGUAGUGACCCCCGAGUAAGCAGUGGCAUCACCGGCGGUGUCCCGUUCCCCCCGCCACGCUGAGUGCACUGGCUUUGUCCCUGUGCCUGGGCGCGCUCAUCGGCGCCACGGCGGUGGGCAACGCACUCGUCUGCCUCUCCGUCUGCCUCGUGAGACGCCUGCGGCACCCGUCGAACCACCUCCUCGUCUCCCUGGCCGCCUCCGACCUCUGCGUCGCCCUGCUGGUCAUGCCUCCCGCCAUGUACCUCGAGCUCUCGGGCCACCGCUGGGACCUGGGACGAGCGGCGUGCGACGCCUGGGUGUCCGUGGACGUCGCCUCGUGCACCGCCUCCAUCCUCAACCUGUGCAUGAUCUCCGUGGACCGGUACCUGGCCAUCACGCGUCCCUUGACCUACGGCGUCCGGCGAACGGCGCGAAGAGCCUGGGCCUGCAUCGGCGCCGUCUGGCUCCUGGCGGCUCUCAUCAGCGUGCCGCCACUGCUGGUGUUGGGGAACGAGCACGGCACACCCGACAUGCCCACGUGCCUCGUAUGCCAGCAUCUGGCCUACCAGCUGUACGCGACGCUAGGCGCCUUCUACAUACCUUUGGCUGUAAUGCUGUUCGUCUAUUGGAGGAUACACAGAGCCGCAAAAAAGGUCAUCGAAGCCGAACACAGGGCAAGGCCCGGACCCCGCAGCAGGAGCCUGAGGGUCGUCCUGAGGGAGCGAAAGGCUUCCAUCACUCUAGGAAUCAUCCUGACGGCAUUCACGGCCUGCUGGCUCCCGUUCUUCGCACUCGCCCUGGUUCGACCUCUGGGCGGCAAGCCGCUCCCGGAGGUGGCGCACAGCUUCGCCCUGUGGUUGGGCUACGCAAACUCGGCGCUCAACCCGGUCAUCUACGUGACGUUCCACCACGACUUCCGGCGCGCCUUCCGGGACCUGCUGUGCCUCCGCUGUCAGACGCAGGCGACCGGAAGCAGCACGACUGGGGGCGGAAGCAGCAGCGGAACGGUCAGACAGUUGCUGGGCAGCAGGGACAACCACUUGAACUCGUUGGCCUGACCUUGGUGGACGUCACCUGAAGACCUCCGCGUCUCCAGGGUCGACGAUGCGAAUCAGACGCAGAACAAGCACAAUAAUCAGGGUAAUCACCACGAGACCAAUCACCAUCACAACAAUCGAGGAGGCAACACGUGUGACUCCGCCAACUCGCCCGUGUCGCCGUUGUUCGAUUGACUCACAAACGCUGUUUAACUGGCAACUGCGGUACUAGAUGUGUUCUAAAAAGAAAAGCACGAAGCUUGAUGAGUUUUAUUUGUCAGCACCAAAAGUUUAAGUGUCACUGGUCCACUAAAACACCAUGCAAGGACAAGCAGGUGACUAGUGGCCAGUGUAAUCAUUGUUGCAUUUAUCGGGAAUGAAGCACACUUUGUCUACUUGUUCUAUCAGAUAUGUUAAUGAGAUUUACGUGAGCCGCGCAGUACAAGGUUGUGUGAGCGUCAACUGCAAUCGCAUUGAGGUAGAUAUGUCUCAAGUGUACCGAACGACUUAUACUUCUUUAUAGCGUGCUCUCGCGUGUGCAUGGCUGCAUAGUAACCUCGCGAAAGGCGACAGUAACGUAUUCCUGGCAAUUAAAAGGCCAAAACACAGAAAGACACGCACGCUGUGUCAAAUAUGUAGGCGUAUGUUUGUACAUACACCUCGCAGCUACUUGUAACGCGACGCGGUCUAUCCGACUGCGAGGGAAGAUGAAAUACUUUCGAAAACCGCAUUCGAGGAAAAGUAGCGAAUGAUAGAACGAUAUAAAAAGACAUGAAAAAAAGAACAAAAGUGACAUAGGGCGUCUGGCGUAGUUGUUGCGGAGAAAUGCGGUUCAGUUCCUUGCAGUUGCACUUCCAACGUUUCCAGCAACCUGGAAAUUGUCCGUGGACCUAAAAGUUUUAAGAAUCUUCUGUAGCGAGCAUUCGUUUUGUAUACAUUUAUUUGGGGAGUCAGUAUGUGUAUGUCCACUGAAACUGAAGUCAGAAUUACCUUGUAAAAAGCAAAGCACUUCAGUCAGUGCAGAAUAGCAGGACAUCAUAUUUGUUGCAGCGAAAACAAUUAGCCCGUGUUAGCUAAUUACGCAUUUUGUAUCAUAUAUCGAGCGACGCUACCGCGGAGCUACUACUCGAGUCAUGAAAUAUCAGUUUUUAACACCGCAAUUACCUUGCAGCGACCUGACAUUACUUUCGCAACAGGCCUCAAAUCUCAGGCCUCUGACAUCGCCUCGAAGCUUCCUACAUUGCAUUGCACGCUCGUGCGUGUUAGUGCGACGUGCCCUUCAGUUAUCCUUUGUGACGUUCAAUUAGGCACCCGGUGUGUACAAUUAAGUGAGACCGGCGGGGACGCUGCGAGACAUCAUUACAGUGCGUGCCACGCGUUUUCAGCGCGGGCAACAAACAUCUAACGUUUAGUGCUUCGCGGGAGUGCUUGCAACUUCGACAUAUUUGCGCAUGAGAGAAAAACUGCUUUCUAAGCGGUCGUUUAUUAUAAACCGUUCGUAACUGUGUGACGGUUAUCUUUGG